AUGUCGAGUUCAUCAAAAGAUAGCGAAAAUGAAAUGAUAAAUCCUGAUGAACAAGAAUCUGAAAAAUCCAAAGACGACAAAUUAAUCGAUCAACUCAUAAUACUCUACUACAAACAAACCUUAAUAUACUGGGACUCGACUGUACAGUCCACAAUCGAAACUUGGAUUUCUAAAAACAACCAUAAUCUCGCGCACAUCAUCAAUCUUCUAGAACAACGUAAGGAAACAUCCAUCGAGUGUGCAUGUCUACUCGGAUUUUUUUAUCAUUACGGAAUUGGAUUUAAUAGUAAAAACUACGAUGAGGCAUUUCAAUUAUAUCAAUAUGCAGCUGAUAAAGAUGAUAGUUUUGCCAAUAUACAAAUUGGGGAACUUUAUCAAAUCAUAAAGAAAGAUGACGCGAGAGCUAAAGAAGCAUAUAAGCGAGCUGCAUUGCUAGGACAUCCACAAGGAGCGUAUAAAUAUGCAUACUUUUUAUGCCGUAAGGAGAAAAUUUAUUGGAUUCGAAAAUCGGCCGAAAAAGGAUUCGAAGCAGCCCAGCAAGAUAUGGCAAGUCAUUGUCAUUAUGGAUAUGGUGUAUUGAAAGAUGUCCAUUGUGCUUUAAGUUGGCUCUUAAAAUAUUCAAAGAGCAAUUCUCAGGCUCGAAUUGGAUACCUAAAAUUAGCUUGGAAAUUCAAUAUUUUAUAA